AAAGAUGAUCUUCUGUGGUCUGCUUACUGAACGAAAGGAGCCAGUUCCUCUGCAGAGUGUGGAGGUGGAGCUGCAGGUGAAGGACCAUGUGGCUACAGUCAUCUCCACUCUGAACUACCAGAACAAGGAGGACAAACCUGUAGAGGCAGUUUUUGUCUUCCCUCUGCCUGGAGAUGCUGCUGUGUGUCAUUUCAGUGCUAAGAUUGGACAGACACACAUUGUAGCUGAGCUGAAGGAGAAGCAGCAGGCUCGGGAGGAGUAUGAUGAUGCUCUGAGUUCAGGGAAGCAGGCCUUCCUGUUGGAGGAGAGUGAACAGAGUCCGGACAUCUUCUCUCUGAGUGUGGGCAGUCUGCCUCCAGGGGAGAGCGCCUCCAUCAGGCUGGAGUAUGUCAUUGAGCUGGCUGUGGAGGCUGAUGAGGCGCUGAGGUUCAUUCUGCCUGCUGUGCUCAACCCUCGCUACCAACCUCAAGGUAGUGAAGCUCCUGGACUCCCGGUGAACUCAGUUCCAGCCUCUGAGGUUCCCUACAGUCUGUCCUUUUCUGCACGAGUGUCCUCUCCUCGUCCAGUUUCCAAAGUAGAGUCCAGCUGUUCUCUGGAGCCUCUUCAGUUCCUGAACUCUGAUCACACAGAGGCUGCUGUCAAGCUGGCUGCAGGACACAAGUUUGACAGAGAUGUAGAGCUGCUGAUUUAUUACAAAGAUGCUCACCAGCCCUCUGCUGUGGUGGAGGCAGGACAGGACUCUGCUGAGCCUGGCACUCUGAUGGGUGAUCCUGUGGUGAUGCUGAGUCUGUACCCAGAAUUCCCAGAGUCUGUGAUGUCCUCACGCGCCUCAUGUGGAGAGUUUGUGUUCUUGUUGGAUCGAUCUGGAAGCAUGGACUGUUCAAUAAAUAACAGGAACCAGCAAGAAACUCGCAUCAGCAGUGCAAGGGAUACUCUGCUGCUCCUGUUGAAGAGUUUACCAAUGGGCUGCUACUUCAACAUCUAUGGUUUUGGGUCCAGAUUUGAUCAAGUUUUUCCGAAGAGCGAGGAAUACAGUCAGGAGAGCAUGGAGGAGGCUCUGAAGAAAGUUGAGGGGAUGCAGGCUGAUCUGGGAGGAACAGAGAUUCUUCAGCC